AUUGGGAGCCAGUGUUCCUGCAAUAACAACUGCCCAGUGUUGCCUCUCAAAGGGUCCUUGCAGUCCCUGAGGGGUCAUUCCUGAAAAGACCGAUGCCAUGGCCUGAGUAUAGGAGGCCCCUCCUGGGUUGUUGGCCCCCUCACUGCCCUUGCUGGAGAUGGGGCUGCUGUGUCCCCUGGAAUUUCCUCGCAGCACCUGUAUGCACCCUGGAGAGGAGGCCAAGAGCCUGUGGGAACUGCGAGAGCUGGGGACUGCGCACAGCUUGAGAGGCAGGGGGUACCGGGCCUGAACCCCAGACCAGCGGGGCAUUCUGGUGGCCCAGGGAGAGAGGCCAUGUCCUCUUUAGACCUGCCACCUUGGGAUUAGGGACCAAAAGUGGCUUUCUCAGGCUGGGUCCAUUUAGGUAUGGCUCCUCCUGCACCUUCCCCCAGGCCCAGACACCCCCCACCCCCAGCUCUCCCACCCCAGGCCUGAGAUGUACCUGCCCUGGUUGCCACAUACUAAGGUCCUGGUGGGCGUAGGAAUUGGGACAAACUGUUGUCAGGUUUCCUGGGGCUCCCCCCACCUUUGAACCUUACUUGGCAUGGAGUUCUUUCUCCCCAUAGUAGCUCCCCACACUCAUGUUUCUACCUGGGAGGGGGUGAUGGGUCACGUGCCAAUGUGUCCCCAAGGCCCCCAGUGUGUCCCCAAGGCCCCCAGCUUCAGGGCCUGAGUCCCCAUGCCCUGCUCUAUGGGGGUGCGGGGGUGUCAUGUCUUGCACUUUCCCCAGCAACCUGCCACCCCCCUACCCUGUGAGAACAAGCCCCUCUCAUUCUGUGUCCCUUGACUCCACGACCGCAGCUGCCUUGUCCACGAGGCAGGGAUUCUCAUCUCUGGUGCAGCCCCUGUCCUCACCACUCUGGGCUUGUGCUGUUCUUGGUCCCUUAUCUUGUUGUCACAGGGCUAACCCUCCCCACACACCUGGCUGUCCCCUGCCCCACAGCUCCUAGGCCAGGGCCUGUCCCUGCCCCUAACACGCAGCCCCUCGGUUCCUCUUACCCUCUUCUUGGACCCUAAGCCAUUUCUGGGUAAUCAGAAAGCUCAGAGAUGGUCUCCAGGUGACCCCCCAGUCUGUCCCUCUCCCUGAAUCCAGAGCGCUGCAGUCACAGUAGAGGCAAUUGCUGUCAUUCCACGGCCCAUGGCAGCCUGGCGGCCCGUACCCCUCCCCCAUGAUCCCCUGCACAGACAGGCCCACGUGUGUCCCCAGAUGCCUGAAUCACUGCUGACGGCUGGGGACCUGGCGGCCGUGGGCUCCUGGGGAGCCACUGGGGAGGGGGUGGCGGCCGCGUCUCGCCUCCACGGGAACACCUGCGGACAUAAAUAGGCAGCCAGCAGAGGCAGCAGCACAGAGCCACCAAGCAGCGCUGCAUACGGGGUCCACCUGUGUGCACCAGGAUGCCCGACACCAUGCUGCCCGCCUGCUUCCUCGGCCUACUGGCCUUCUCCUCCGCGUGCUACUUCCAGAACUGCCCGAGGGGUGGCAAGAGGGCCGUGUCCGACCUGGAGCUGAGACAGUGCCUCCCCUGCGGCCCCGGGGGCAAAGGCCGCUGCUUCGGGCCCAGCAUCUGCUGCGCGGACGAGCUGGGCUGCUUUGUGGGCACGGCUGAGGCGCUGCGCUGCCAGGAGGAGAACUACCUGCCGUCGCCCUGCCAGUCCGGCCAGAAGGCGUGCGGGAGCGGGGGCCGCUGCGCCGCCUUCGGCGUUUGCUGCAACGACGAGAGCUGCACGACCGAGCCCGAGUGCCGCGAGGGCUUUCACCGCCGCGCCCGCGCCAGCGACCGGAGCAACGCCACGCAGCUGGACGGGCCGGCCGGGGCCUUGCUGCUGCGGCUGGUGCAGCUGGCCGGGGCGCCCGAGCCCUUCGAGCCCGCCCAGCCCGACGUCUACUGAGCUCCCCCGCUCGCCCCACCGGCGCGCUCUUUGCGCCCGCCCCUGCAGCACGGACAAUAAACCUCUGCCAAUGCA